AAUGGGCGAGCACAACCUUCUCAAUAGCGGGUUUGUGGGACCUUUGGUGAACAUCCACACCGGAGACGCGUUUUACCUCCACAACUUCCGGUCAUCUUCGGCUCUUCCUUCCCUCCCUUACGCGAGACGGGACAAUGUUUGGACUCAACCGGAGCCGUGCAACGGAUACAUGCAGCCGUUUUUUGGCAACCCGGUGUCGCUGAAUCCCACGUUUAACCGAGCGUGCGAGAUUGCGCGGCAGGAAGAGAGCAAAUGCUUUUACAGUGGAAGUGGAGGUGGCGGAGGUAGCAUCCGGGAGAAUUGUACAAACGUUAAACGAGAUGAAAGGGCGAGAGAUGACUCCAGUGUGCCCGUACUGAGAGAGCACGGACUGGCAGAUGCUAGCAUGAUGGGCUACGGAUACGUUGCAGAGCAAGGGAGCCAGAAUCCUCCAUCAUGUCACUCCAUGCAGUCGGAGUCUGGGUCAUCGCACCACGAAGCGGAAAAAGUGUCGUGCAACAUCGCUCAUUCCUUAGCAUCUCACGCAUGCAGCACCACCCAAGGAGGAGGUGCUCCGUGGUACCCGGCUCACGCGCGGAACCGGAAAAAGCGCAAACCCUAUUCCAAACUGCAGCUUGCCGAGCUUGAGAGCGAGUUCAUGCUCAACGAAUUCAUCACGCGUCAGCGGAGGAAGGAGCUUUCGGACCGACUUAAUUUAUCCGACCAACAAGUGAAGAUAUGGUUUCAAAACCGACGCAUGAAGAAGAAAAGACUUAUGCUGAGAGAGCAGGCCCUGUCUUUCUUUUAGGGAAAGAAUGACAGUGAAUGAUAUAACAGCAAAAAAAAAAAAAAAAAAAAAACAAAAAAAAAAAAAAACAAAGAAUUCAGCGUUUAUAUACAUCUUACAGUGUAGAAGUGACAUCAGUGGUGUUCAUUUCUGCUCACAUGGGUUUAUAGAAACACUGUAGAUGUCAAUAAAGCACUGUGAAAAGUGUUAAGUAAGUAAUAUAGGUGUUAUAUAACACUAUAUAACUAUUAUAAAUGUAUACUUCAGGACGCGGAUACGAAGCGAAAUUUCGAGUGCUGAGUUAAAAACUGGUGCGCUCGCAACUCGCAAAGUCUUUCAAUGUUGAAUUAACUCUUUAACAAUUUAAGAGUUAGCAUCUAAUUUAUAACACCUAAAAUCUUAGACUAAGAAGACUGAAAUAGAUAUAGAUUUAAUCAACACGUACUAAACGCUUCACUCGAAAUUAAAUCUAAACCCCUCAAGGUGACUUUUUUCUGGAACCCCUACAGGUAGAACAUUAUAACUGAGCGUUUCGCUACCAGGUUCCUGAUAGAACCAUUUAAAGUUUUUUUUUUGGUGUAUCAAUUCAAGCCACCUAAUACUUGCCAUUAAUAGGGUUCUUAGAGUUACCGUAUUAUUCAUAACAUACGAUCAUACAAGGUUUAUUUCAAAAUUUCUAUUUGUUAAAUUAAUGAAAGUACACCGAAAAAAUAAUUUUAAAAACAUUUUUUAAUUUUUAAAAACAUUUU